CGACAUCUUCCGCUUUGGCUGCAUGUACCCGGGCGCGCAGGACGGCAACUUCGUCCCCUUCCCCUGCCCGAUGGACCACAUUCUCUCGCCCGCCGCGUGGGCCAAGGCUGGCGUCGGCCACCGCGACGCCGCCUUCCUCGACACGCUGGCCGAGCGCGGGGUGAGGCCGGUCGAGGUGCUGCUGCUGCCGCGCGCGCAGCACCGGGCGCUGCUCGCCCGGCCGCGCGUCGCCCUGCUCGACGCGCUGCCGCUCGGCACCUCCGACGGCGAGGCGGCGAAGCUGCUCGCGCACCUGCGGGCGGCGCCCCUCCUCCGGCUGCAGCACGCGCGCGGCUUGCUCUGCGCGCUCGACGCGCCGCAGCCCUUCAACGAUCUCGCGGCGACCCUGCUCCGCGCCCCGGCCUGGUGCUCACGCUGCUCGCAGCCGUGCGAGGAGCAGCUAGCGCCGUGGCUACCCGCGGAGAGGGUGCGCGCUGCGCGCCCGGCGCCGGCCGAGCAGCACGCCGUCUGCUUCCAGCCGCCGCUGCCCGCGCCUCUGCGAAGCGACGGCUGCGCCGGCCGGUCGUAGCAAAGUGUUUCGUUCCGCCUCGGCCUUCACGGGCGUGGAAGGUGGCGGUGCGCACCGCGCGAGAGGGUUGCCACGCCGGAGGUGCAGGUGGAGCCUGAGACGUGAGACGGCUCUCGACG